AUGUCGGUGAUACAAUUGACAAAUCCAGUGGUACAGUCGUACAUAGUGUACUCAGCAAUAUUGGCACUCAAACUGCUAUUUUUGUCCUCUCUCACAUCGUUCGUGCGGAUAUCACGUGGCGUCUUCGCUAAUCCAGAGGACGCUAAAGUUUCGAAGGGGAAAGUGAAAUAUGACGAUCCUACAGUUGAACGAACUCGUCGCGCUCAUUUGAACGAUUUGGAAAAUAUUCCUGCGUUUUGGAUUCUUGGAGCUUUGUAUGUAACGACAGGGCCGGCGGCGGCGUGGGCCACUCUGCUCUUCAGAACGUAUACAAUCAGCAGAAUAAUUCAUACCAUUGUGUAUACGAUAGUCCCCUUGCCACAACCGUCACGCGCUUUGGCUUACUUUAUCCCGUAUCUCAUCAUGUGGUAUAUGGGUGUCCAAGUUGUGUUAUUCUAUAUAACCGCAUUG